AUGUCCUCCCCUACAAAUGCAACCGCACACGCAAUGCGUGUCUUCCCUGUAACUUUGGACGCCCCAGGAAGUGCGGGCAACCCCACAACAGUAUUCCUGAAUGCGGGGCGGUUGACUUCCGUUGAAAUGCAACAGCUUGCGCAAGCUUGCAAACAUGAGUGCGGGUUCGUUGUGGCAGGUCCUGUAUUAGCAGGUAAUGCCGAUCCACCUCGCUACAAUGUGUCAAUCAAGUUCUGGGUUCCUGGCCACGAGAUGGAAAUGUGUGGGCAUGCAACUAUAGGUGCUCUUUGGCUCAUGGAUCGGCUCGGCAUGUUCGCCAACGCCCCCAACGUGUCCGUGUCAACCAAAGCCGGCACCUACGAGGCGCUGCUGCUACCGGAGAUCGACAAGGGUAGCGAUGGUUCAAUGGUGCGAAAGCACAUUUGCAUCUCACAACCCAGAGGGACAGCCAAAUUCUUGUCACAGGAUGCAUGCCAGCUCAUUGCAGAAGCACUCGACAUUUCAACAGAUAAAAUGGCUGACCUCGAAGGAGUGCAAAACGCAAUAACUUCUCGAACAAAGACUUUGGUUCCGUUGAAGGAUGUUGAAACGUUGAACAGUCUGCAACCCAGUCAAGAUUCAGUCCGGCAUGUCUGCGAAACCAUUGGCUCUACCGGCUUAUAUCCGUAUGCCAUGGUCGGCGAUACCACCUUCAGUGCACGCCAAUUCCCCAAAUCGUCCGGGUACCUGGAAGAUCCUGCGACCGGAAUUGCAGCAACAGCUCUCGUCUGCGGGCUUUUGAGGAGAGAGGUUAUACCAAUAGGGACCACAGAGCCUAUUAUCGUGAUGCAGGGCUGGGCUAUGGGUUGUCCAUCCGAAAUAAGAGUGAAACUUAGGAGGGCAUCUUCCGGCGACGUUGUUGGAUAUUGGUUGACUGGAAAUGUGGUAGAUAUGCAGGUGGACGAACCUGUGUUGAGUAUGUUGAACCGAAUUACUAGGUAG